UCCCUGGAGACGCGCGGAGCGCCCUCCGGAGCCCAGUCAGCGGCCGCCGUCUGACGGUAGCCCUCUGACGCCUGCCUGUUCCGCUGCCGAAGGGGCCGCCAGGAGCACGCAUCCCGGCAGCGGGAAGCUCACGGGGGCGCCGGGCUGCGAACCCAAGGCCCCGACUCUGGAUGGAUGGCCUGAGGCCUGCAUCUCUGAAGGGAGUCGUGGUGCUCAAAGCCAAGGUGAGAACUAAGCAAAGAGUUUAAAAAAUAACCAAGGAAGAUGCUUUUGAACCUGAGUGUUGUAACCGUCCAGUCCCUUCAUUUUCGUCUGUUGGUGUACAUCAGCCUGAUGUUUGGGAUUUCACGUGCUUGGGACGGGAAACCCUGUGUGUUUAAAAUGACAUUACAGAAUCUACGGCCAGUUUUAUCAUGGGAAUUCAAAAACGAUUCCAUUGUACCAGCUUACUACAGUUUGCAGUACACGAUCAUGAGUAAACCAGAAGCUAUGAAAACUAUUGAAAGCUGUACAAACAUCACAAGCACAUUUUGUGACCUAACAGAGGCAUGGCAAGACUUUCAUGAGAACUACUUCAUCCUAGUGGAAGGAUUCCAAGGGGCCGUAUCGUUGGUGAACUGUUCGGACACUCUCACGCCUCUGGACUUAUAUAUUGAGCCACCAGAGUUUGAAAUUACUGACCUCAUAGACCACAUUAAUGUGACAGUAAAAUUUCCAUCUAACCUCCCCAAGUUACUGAGGAACAAUUUAGAACAUUACUUAGAGCUCAUCAUCAGUGAGGAGACUGGAGGGAUUGUUAAGACGCAUAAACCCAGGAUACCAAAAAACAUCAGUGGAAAUAUCAGCUAUGUCAUUGAGAAGUUGAUUCCAAAAAGCAACUACUGUGUGUCUGUUUAUUUUGAGCCUAUACUUUUGACAAAUGUAGUUAAACCUCCUCCAAAAUGCACCUUCCUUCCACCUGACCAGGAACCAGCACUUGGCAUGGUGCCACCUCCUGAAAAUGUCAGAAUCAAUUCAGUUAAUUUCAAGAACAUUCUACAAUGGGAAUCACCUGCUUUUCCCAAAGGAAAUCUGACCUUCACAGCUGAGUACCAAAGUUACAGGAAGUUCCAAGACAUGUGCCAGAGGACGACAUUGACGGAAUGCAAUUUCUCAAGUCUGUCCAAGUACGGCGACCACACUUUGAGAGUCAGAGCUGAAUUUGGGAAUGAGAAAUCAGACUGGGUGUACCUCCAUUUCUGCCCUGUGGAUGACACCAUCAUUGGACCUCCUGGCAUCCAAGUGGAAGUAAUUGCUGAUUCUUUACAUUUGCGUUUCUUGGCCCCCCAAAUUGAGAAUGAACUUGAAACAUGGACCAUGAAGAAUAUUUACAACUCAUGGGCCUAUCAUGUGCAAUAUUGGAAAAAUGGCACCAAUAAGAAGGUCCACGUCACCCCGCCGUAUGACUUCUGGGUCCUCAGGAGCCUGGAGCCCUGGACCACGUACUGCGUUCAAGUGCGAGGGUUCCUCCCUGAUCGCAACAGGACAGGAGAAUGGAGCGAACCAGUGUGUGCGCAGACAAGCAGUGACGACACUAUGCCCUCCUGGAUGGUGGCUGUCAUCCUCAUCGCCUCGGUCUUCGUGGUCUUCCUUGCCCUGCUGGCCUGCUUUGCUGCAUUGUGGUGCAUCUACAAGAAGACCAAACACAUCUUCUCCCCGAGGAAUGCCCUGCCACAGCACCUGAAGGAGUUUCUAGGCCACCCACAUCAUAGCACACGUCUGAUCUUCUCCUUCUCACUGGCAGACGAGAGUGAAGUUUUUGACAAGCUCAGUGUCAUCACAGAAGACUUGGAAGGCAGCAGGCAGCAUCCCGAGGACAGCUGCAGUGUUAGGACCCUGUUGGUGCAGGAACACCCGGAGCUGGUGCCACAGGAGGUGGACGAUCCUCACUCCCUGCCUCUCCCAGACUCCCGGCAGGACAAUCAGAGGGAUACAGACGGAGCAAGAGCUGCAGAGCCGACCCCAAAACCGGAACGACCAGUGGAUGGACCUGUCCCCACAGCCACAGAGCUGGGUUUUACCAGCUGACCGCAAAAUGACUACUUUCCCGAGGCUCCGACCAGUUCUCAACAGGCCGAAAUCCAAGGGUGUCCUUUCCAGCCCCUGCGAGGCACUCCAUACGAACGUGUUUCCUUUGUGUAGACCACUCUCUUCUGUGAGCAAGGAUGGAGAUGCUCCAAGCCCUACCACGCUGCAAAGACGGAUAGCAGGAAUCCACAACCUCCGCCCAGAAAUGGUUGCAGGACACUUGGCAGGCACAAACUUCCUGGGUCCUCAGAAGAGGACAGGAUUUACAUUUCUGCCAAAGUGUGUUUUGUAUGCUGCGGGUGCUCUAUUGAAGUUACACAUUCCGCAUUUAGUCUGGAUGCAGUGAUGCCACGCUCAGGUCACUGUUAACCACAGAGCGAGGCUCUGGGUUUCACCUCAUUGAUAUCCCGCCUCUGGUUGGGUGCUGUGCUGGGUUUAGGGUCCUUUAUUUAUUUUUUUCUUUAAGGAUUAAUUUUAUUUGGAA